AUGGCCACUAGACAAGCAAUAGUUUCAAUUUUUAUUUUUCUUGUUUUUAAUAUAUUUUUGUUGGUUGUUUGCCACGCUGCUAAACCUUCGUUAGAAGCAAAAGUUUCUGCAUUGAAUCAAUUUUCAACAAACAAUAAAGGUGUAGUCGAACUUGAUUCAGAUUUAUAUGAUGAGUUCGUUGCCAAACCUAGGAAUUAUUCUAUGAUUAUACUUCUGACUGCAAUGGAACCGCAAAUAAAUUGCCAACCUUGCAAAGAAUUUGAUCCGGAGUUUAGAUUGGUGGCAAAAAGUUGGCAAUCUUCAAGAAACGAACAUUCUCGAUUAUAUUUUGGCAUUUUAGAUUUCAAGAAGGGCAGAGAAGUUUAUGCCAAGCUUAACUUAAAUAAUGCACCAACAAUGUUUUAUUUCCCCCCAACCACUGGUCCUUAUGCUAAAGAAAUUUCCGAACCGAAUAGAUAUGAAUUUAAUAGACGUGGAUUUUCCGCCGAAGGAUUUGCUUCAUAUUUAUCUGGUCAUGUGGGAAUCCAAGUUCCAGUCAAACGACCUAUAAAUUUCUUUGCUAUAUUCGUGUCUAUAUUUGUAAUACUUGGAACCUUAGCAGCUAUUAAAUUACUUUAUCCAUUUAUCAAGAAAGUAUUCCAGAAUAGGAAUACUUGGGCAGCAAUUUCUUUGGUCAUAAUCCUUAUGAUGAUUUCUGGGCACAUGUGGAAUCAUAUUCGAGGUCCUCCUUAUGUAUUGCAGAAUAAUGGGCAAAUCAGCUAUAUCGCAUCAGGGUUUUCUAAUCAAUUGGGAAUGGAAAGCCAAAUUGUAGCAAUGAUGUAUCGAAGAUAG